ACCCGCCCCCUCCCUCCUCCGAGCUCGGGGCUGGCGGGGUACAGCCUGGGCGAGGGCUGGGGUGCCGGGCCGAGCUGCCGGUCCCCUGCCCCGGUCCCCUGCCGCGAUCGGCCGGCGGGGCGCGCCGGAGGAGCUGCGCGGCGCCGCGGUCGGCCCCGGGGCUGACAGCCGCGAAGUUUGGCCCGAAGAGGAAGUGGCCGCGAGCCCCGGCAGGUGGCGGCGGGGCCUGGGCCGGGGGCGCUCGCGGGCCGCGGGCGGGUCCUGGGGAGCGCGCGCCCCCCCGCCGGGCCUCUCGCCGGCGCGGGGGCUUCGCGGCCGGUCUCGGGGCAGCGCGGCGGCGGCGGCCGGGGAAAACAACUCCGAAGUUGGCGAGAGGCACCGCCCCUGCCCCCGGGCCGCCGCCGCCUCCCGGCCCUCAGCCCUGGCAUCCCGAGCGCGCGGCGCGGGGCGCGGGCCAUGGAGCCCCCUCGGGGAGGUGGCGCGCGGGGGCCGGGGCUCCCGGAGCGCCGCCGCGGCCCCCUGGAUAGACGGCAGAAGCGCCGCGCCUCUCCCUCCGCCCCCGGACGCCUCAGGAUGCUGCCGGCCGCCCUCCUCCUUCUCCUCCUGGGCGGCGCUCUAGCCCAUCCAGACCGGAUCAUUUUCCCAAAUCCUGCCUGUGAGGACCCCCCAGCAGUGCUCUUGGAAGUGCAGGGCACCUUACAGAGGCCCCUAGGCCGGGACAGCCGGAGCUCCCCUGCCAACUGCACCUGGCUCAUCCUGGGCAGCAGGGAGCAGACAGUAACGAUCAGGUUCCAAAAACUACACCUGGCCUGUGGCUCAGAGCGUUUAAUCCUACGGUCCCCUCUCCAGCCAUUGAUCUCCCUGUGCGAGGCACCUGCCAGCCCUCUGCAGCUGCCAGGUGGUAACGUCACCAUUACCUACAGCUAUGUUGGAGCCAGAGCACCCAUGGGUCAGGGCUUCCUGCUUUCCUACAACCAAGAUUGGCUGAUGUGCCUGCAAGAAGAGUUCCAGUGCCUGAACCACCGCUGUGUGCCCUUGACCCAGCGCUGUGAUGGGGUGGACGCCUGUGGUGAUGGUUCUGAUGAGGCUGGCUGCAGCUCUGACCCCUUCCCUGACCUGACCCCAGCUCCUGGCCCCAUCCUGUCUUGCAAUCACACCUUAGAAGAUUUCUAUGGGGUGUUCUCGUCCCCUGGAUAUUCACACAUGGCCUCAGCCUCCCACCCCCAGUCCUGCCUUUGGCUACUGGACCCCCAUGAUGGUCGACGCCUGGCUGUGCGCUUCACAGCCCUGGACCUGGGCUAUGGAGAUGCAGUGCAUGUGUAUGAUGGCCCUGGGCCUCCUGAAACCCCUCGGUUGCUACGCAGUCUCACACACUUCAGCAAUGGCAAAGCUGUCACCGUGGAGACAUUGUCUGGGCAGGCCAUCGUGGCCUAUCACACAGUUGCUUGGAGCAAUGGUCGAGGCUUCAAUGCUACCUACCAUGUGCGGGGCUACUGCUUGCCUUGGGAUCAACCCUGUGGCUUAGGCGCUGGCCUGGGGGCCAGUGAGGGCCUAGGUGAGCGCUGCUACAGUGAGGCACAGCGCUGUGAUGGCUCAUGGGACUGUGCCGAUGGCACAGAUGAGGAGAACUGUCCUGGCUGCCCACCUGGACACUUCCCCUGUGGGGCUGCCGGCACUCCUGGUGCCACAGCCUGCUACCUGCCUGCUGACCGCUGCAACUACCAGACCUUCUGUGCCGAUGGGGCAGAUGAGCGACGCUGCCGGCACUGCCAGCCUGGCAACUUCCGAUGCCGGGAUGAGAAGUGUGUGUAUGAGACGUGGGUGUGUGAUGGGCAGCCAGACUGCGCUGAUGGCAGCGAUGAGUGGGACUGCUCCUAUGCCCUGCCCCGCAAGGUCAUUACGGCAGCAGUCAUCGGCAGCCUGGUGUGUGGCUUGCUGCUGGUCAUUGCCUUGGGCUGCACCUGCAAACUCUAUGCCAUUCGCACCCAGGAGUACAGCAUCUUUGCCCCCCUCUCCCGAAUGGAGGCUGAGAUUGUGCAGCAGCAGGCACCGCCCUCCUAUGGACAGCUCAUUGCCCAGGGCGCCAUCCCACCUGUGGAGGACUUCCCUACAGAGAACCCAAAUGACAACUCAGUCCUGGGCAACCUGCGUUCCCUGCUACAGAUCUUGCGCCAGGAUAUGACUCCAGGGGGUGCCUCGGGUGCCCGUCGCCGCCAACGAGGCCGCUCUGUACGCCGCCUGGUACGCCGUCUCCGCCGCUGGGGCCUGCUUCCCAGAACCAGCCCCCAAGCCCGAACCCCUGAGAGCAGAUCCCAUGUCACACCUUCUUCCCCUCCCCAGGAGGGCCUAGAUAGUAGCACUAGUCCGGCCCUUGAGGGUGGGGCAGUGGGUGGGCAAGAUGGAGAACAGGCACCCCCACUGCCUGUCAAGGCUCCCCUCCCAUCUGCCAGCGCAUCUCCAGCCCUCCCAACUGUCCCUGAGGCCCCCGUGCCUCUGCCUUCAGUGCCUCUGGAGCCAUCACUGCUGUCUGGAGUGGUGCAGGCCCUGCGAGGCCGCCUCCUGCCCAGCCUGCGGCCCCCGGGACCAAUUCGGACCCCACCUGGUCCCCACACAACAGUUCUGCCCCCAGAAGACGAGGACGAUGUGCUGCUGGUGCCACUGGCUGAGCCAGGGGUCUGGGUGGUCGAAGCAGAGGAUGAGCCACUGCUCGCCUGAGGGGACCUGGCUCCCUUGGGUGCUUUCUAGUUGUAAUGCAACAACCCCUUAGAGGGUAACACAGCUUCCCUUCCAUACUUCAUCCCUGCCCCUCAUCUGAGGGGAUUGUUGGGCCUCCCAUCAACCCUGUGUAGCUGCUGUGAAGCUAGGGAGAGGGCUCACACACACAGACCUCAGUCUCUCCACCUCCUUCCACACUACCACCAUUUGGAUAGCUAUUUUUAAAAAGUAAAAUCCUCAAAGUGUCAUAGGCCUGGACACUCCAUCCUUGCCAAACCCCCACCCAAAAGUGGCCUUAAGUACCAGAAUCCCAAUUGGCUAGAGACCUUCAGCCCCCAAGGGGAGGAUUUGGGCAGGAUCUGAAGUUUUGCCAAUCAUGAUCCCUCAUAAAGGGUUUGGCUCGUAUAAAGAGCACAACAGAUGCUUUUGUCUGAUAGCUCGGGCAUUGCCUAGAAAGUCAAGGUUGAAAAUAAAGGAAUCGAGCCUGAGCUCUGCCUCUCUACCUCUCUGCCCAGCUCAGUGGAUGCUCACCUCACUUUCCUCCUCCCUAGAGAAACCUUCAUUCCGUCCCGGCCUCCUCUUCCUAGUCAUCUUCUAACCACCCUCCUUGAUUUUUAUACCACUGAGGAGGUAAAUUCUAGGAACACUAAGGACAAACCUUCUCCUCCUCCACUCGCUGCCCAGGCCUCAACUCUACAGUGACUGACACCAGGGGUGGCACCAAGCCUUUUUACUCACUGCCAGGCCAGAAUCUGGUGAGCCAGCUGGGCCCUGCAGCCGGGAAGGUUCCCAUUUAUGGAGUACUCUCAGAGCACAGAUCACAGGAGCAGACUGUCCCUGAUGGAACACAGGGCCUGUGACUCCUGCCCUCUACCAAGCACUUACAGUCUGUCCUAGGCAGACAGAUGGGCUCUCAGCCAGGAUGCCUUAAAGUAGGCAAAGAUGAAGCAAGAGAAAAAUCAUAAACGUUCAGGGUGUAAAGAUAGUGGUAUCACCUUAGUCAAAUCCAAGAGACCUUCUGUGAAGAAGGCUCAAGCUAGAUUCUAAUGAAUGUUGUCAGUAGUUGGAAUAGAGUCAUGAAUUCUAGGUCAAGUGAGAGUCCACAGGAGAAGCAAGCUUAGCAGAUGUGAAGGGUAGGGGUAUGGGCUCUGAGAAAACAGGGCUAGGAGCACAAGCAGUGACCAGAGCUGGGGAGAGUGACAAAGAAGGGAAUAUCAAAAAUGUUGAAACUAACCUCUGAUAAGGUGGCAAGCUGUCCAGAGUUUGAAAGGAAACCCAGUACUAAGGAUAUGGGAGGUGCUUCUGGGGGUGUGCAUGAAUUCCCAAGAGCAAAGUUAAGACAGUCCCUAGCAAAACCAGUCCCCAGGGAGAAAAGUUCCACCUCAGAUGGGCUUUUACCCUUUCUGCCUAGCCUAGUGUAUCCCCACUACCCCGGUGGAGGCAUUCUGUUGAUUACACCCUGUCAGCAUCUUCAUACCAGUAUUGCUUGUUUCCUCUCUCCAGGGACGAGCCUAGGAAAGUGGUGCAUUUCUGGGACUCUAACAUCUUGGCUCAGGAUAGACCCAACCUUUCUCUCCAGACCCUCACCAGAGUUUGGGGAAGAGGCUCCAGAGAUCCUGGUCCUUACAUACUGGUCUUCCUUUGGGGCUUCCUUCCCAAAUGCAAAUAAUUCCUGGGUCUCACCUGUGAAGCAGGGGCAGGGACUGCCAAUUCCCUCCCAACAUCUCCAUCUCCUGUUCUUUGCCCUGUCCCUAGCUUCUUUCUUCCACCAUAGCCAUCUCAAAACCUUCAGCUUCAUAUCUUUAUUCUUGUCCUGUGCCAGAUCUUUUCCCUCAGGGUCAGGGGGUAGGGGGCCCGCUGUGUGUGUGUGUGUCUGCAACUUGAAAGUAGACAAAGUUUUAAGGUGAAAGAAUGUUCUCAUUGUGGAAGACUAGAGGGAGGACCUGAGGGAAGAUUUCACUAGGAAGGCCUCUGCAUAUAGGCUAAUGGGCCUGGGAGACGUUUCUAGGUGCACUUUAGGAGGUAUAAGCAGUGAUACCAUUUCUGUCUGCUGGGUUGGGGGAGGGGGUUGGCCUGUCAGGCAGUAUAAGGAAACUAAGUCAUACCUAGUUGCAGGUGGAACAGUGAGAGCAAGUCACACAAGUUAAUUUUCACCAUAGACCCCAAGAGUAGAAAUGAGGAAACUUCAAAUCCUGUCAGGAGAAACACUACUACCCAUGGGGCCCAAUAUCAGGGUAUUGGGCCCUCAUUAUGAUGUGAGGUGCUGGGGAAGGUGUUGCUCUCAGAACAAAAAGGUGAAGAUAAAUCAGGCUAAGAAUCUGAGAUAACAGCAGAUUCCAAACUUCAGUCCUCAAGGAGCAGAUCUUGGGCCUAAGCCAACUCCAGGCUCUAUUGGGAGGAGAGAAGUUCCCCAGCCGUAUAGCCCAAGGCUCUGGGAGCAUUAAAUCCUCAGGCAAACUGCUAAAUGCCAGCACUUUUAUCACACAGAGCUAACCCUUAGAAGAAGGUAUGCUGUGGGUAUCAUAACCCCAAUUAACAAGUUCAGUAGCGGCUUCAGAAGAGGUUCAGGACUAGAUCAGUCUCUGAGGCAGAUUUAAACCUGGGUAAGCUCAGUUGCAAACUCUCACCCUUAUGCCACAAUUCUGCAGAACUUCCCCUUCCACAGGGAGGGAGCCAACCGGGUGCACAAUGGGAUAACUUUUCCAGCCCCCUCUUAUUUGUGGGUUGAGGGGGAUGGCAGUUCAAGGUAAAACCCAGUCUGCUCCUAGAUUGAGGGCCAACAGAAAUCAAGGUCAAGAAUCCUUGCUGGGGUCUGCAGCCACUGAUUCAUACUAUCUGAAAUGAAUCCAACCACCUAAGUGAGUUUUCCAGAUACAUAAAGCUUACCCUUCAAAGUGUAAUUUAAAACUUGAAAAUUCAUCUUGAAAGGUAAUUAUUUGAAAACAUUACACUCAUCUUCAGCACAUCUGCAAUUUAAUACAAAUUGUCCUGGAUAGCUGAGGGUCAUUCAUAGAAUGAGGCAGUGACUCAUUCUAGUCUAGUGACUUCUCUGCAGCAACAUUUUUAGAACAGUUCUAAGUGUUAGGGGAGCUGUUCGUCUUUAUGCCAAGUGACCUUAGACCACUUUUUAAACACUUAGGAUUGCUUUGAAAGUUUUGUGGUAUUGCUUCCCUGGCUACCUGUUCACUUGCUGCUCUAAAUGGGCUUCUAAUCUGUGUCCAGGAGCACACAAUUAAAAUUGUGACUAAAGUAAAGGUAAGCAGGCUGGGGUUAAAGAGGGGAGAGUAUCCAAUAUUGGAGUAGAGGGUGUGACUAUUCUAGCUGUUCAGGAGUCCUUUCUGUUUUCUCGGGACCUCACAAUGUUACCUUGUAGCUGACCUCUAGGUAACUGAGGUGUCACUGCACCUAAGUCCUAAGAUUGCUAUUUGCCUCUUCGAUGAAAAAACUCCACUGAAUUCUGCUCCCUACUCUGUCUCUGGUGAAUCCUCUCACCCCCGCACCUCUGGCCUGUACCCCAGUUCUCCUACUCAAAAAAAAAAAAAAGGAAAAGUCCACUGAAGAUUGCCAAUUAAUUGUUCUAAGUAAUAGGAGACAGUUGGAAUAUUCAAGAAAAGGAAGAGAUCACAGUAUAGAGAUGAAAAACAAUCCUUGACACUGGAAAGAUCUGGGUGGGACCUCUUGGUGUCCAUUUUCCAGCUGCAUGCAUGAUUGAUUUGGAGGAAGGCCACCCACCUACCACUCUGAACCUUAGGGUCAUGAGGAUGAAAGGAGGUAAUGCAAGAAGGUGCUUAGCACACACCUAGCAAAAAUGGGGGUGGCGGGUGGAGGGGAAACCAGGAAGUUAGUAUGUGUGUUUGGGUGCCAGCAGGUAUCAGGAAGAAAAACAAGAGGCUGAAGGAAAGGGGAACUGGGCUAUAAAGGAGACUCUCCAUCCCGGCCUUCCACAAAGAGGUAGAGACAGCACUGUGUGUCUGCCUCAUGGAGCCCAGGCCCGGUGGCUGCCCAGAGGGCACUAGCAUCCCUACCCCCCACUUGGGAUUAGAACUUGUAGAGGGCUGUCUCGUUCCCCACCUCUCCCUAACACAGAUAGGAAGGGAGAGAGAAUGGGAGGAAAUCCCCGCACAGUUUGCAUCCACCUCAACCUAGCGACAAAAUGAAGCUACCAAACAAAGCGGCCAUCUCUCUCCUCAAAGCCCUCAUCCGCCUAGGAGCCAGGCUGGGAAAUGGGUCGUUUGUGGGUCUCAUCCCAGAAGGGGUGGUGUGGGAAGGAGAGCUUGGCAGGAAAGCUUGGUGGCAGGGUGGCCUUUUCCUGUACCUGCAUAUCUUUUGGCUUAUUUCUUUGUCUUACGGAUCAGCUCUAAGCUUUCUGCCUUUAGCUUCUCCAUUUAGCCACUGAGCACCCACCCUGGCCUGGACACUGGGCUGGGGGCUGGGAAUACAGACACAAAUGACACGUAGUCCUGGCUCCUGGACAAAGACCCUGCCUCCGUCCCCUCCACACCCACGUCAUCCUCAGUUCUUUCACCCACUGACCCCUCACCCCACUUCUCCGAACCCCUCUGACUUUGUUCUUUCCACGUCUUAACCAGACUCCGCAAUGUGUGUGCUCCCAGAGGGAAGCGACACAAAGAAAGGGGGUGGGCAGAAAGGAGGGAAUCCCGCUGACAUCACUGCUCAUUAGCAU